AUGAUAAAUAGCUGUUGCAAUUAUCGAAGCAGAACAUUGUCACACACAACGCGUCGGAUGCGUUCAGAAGAACGUGGCCGAGACUUGGAGAGCGACCAGACCGCGAGGUAUAGGACAUACUCUCUGUUGUCUUCAUUGCUCUUGAAUGUUAUUGUUGGAUCCUUCACCUCUGUGUUGCAAAUUUGCAACAGAAAUAAGAAGUUAAUGCGUUUAUCCAUAUUUUGUUGUUACACAAUCUUCGUAAUAUCUGGAUUGGUUGUACUGUCAUAUAUGUCCGAGUUCGUUACUCGUUUAUUUCUUUCUACACAAAUAAAUCACUCAGUCGUCGAUAAAGCAAAGAGAUACGUUGCUGUGCAGCACAACCAUGGUCGCCUUGGAAAUCACCUUUUCCUUUAUACUGCCGGUUAUAUUAUCGCAAAACGACUUGGCCGAUCCUUUUACAUAACCUAUAACAAGUCAGAAGUAAGAGAUUAUUACGUGAUGAGGAGAAUGUUGCAUGCAACCGAAAUAUUUCCGCAGUUAAAGCCGUUGUUCACGGUUUUUGAGCAAAGUUGCAUAAAUCCAGUUCUGGUGCCGUUCGCAUACAACGAAGCCAAUGAGCCUGCAUGUUGUUUGUUUGAAGAUCCUAUGAAACUGGCUAAUCAUAAAGCAAAGUUUCUUCUACUUGACACUAAAUUCCUACAAAAUGCUCGUUACAUCGAAGAUUAUUUGCCGGAAGUCGUCAGGCUCCUCACGUUUGCGGACGAAAUUCGCGAUCAAGGAAAGACUGCUCUGGAACGUUUACAAUUGAGUUAUGUCAGCGCUAUGUGCGUUCACAUCCGAAGGACCGAUUUUGUAUCGUCGAAUACUUCAACGGAUGGCGCUUCAACUGUUCGAAUCACUCGACGGCUUGCCAGAGAGAAGAUCGCCAGCAUUUCAACGUUCAGCGAAGGUGUGGAUUUUUACGUAUCAUCACAAGCAUGUGCUGCUUUCUUCAUGUCUGCUCCUAUAUCAACAUUUGGAUGGUGGUUGGCAUUUUUUACGCCGAAUCAAUCUGCCGUCUACUAUAUGGACGAUAAACGACCAAUGAAGGACAAAGUCCCUUCGAAGGACUUGUUUUUGUGA